AGCACGACCACCGCUUACAGCAACCUCCUCAUAGGUGCGGUGAACCUUCCGUCCGUUGCCGUGGGGAUGCUGGUGGGUGGAGUCAUCAUGAAGAGGACAGGUCUCUCUCUGAAGACCAUCCCUCGUUUCUCUGUCGCCAUGCUCACCAUCUCUGUCCUCCUCAUCAUCCCUCUCUUCUUCAUGGGCUGUCCCACACAGAGGGUGGCGGAGGUCAACCACACACCCCUUGGGUCURUGGCAACCUGUUAUUCCAACUGCUCCUGUCCUGCUAACGCCUUUAAUCCAGUGUGUGGAUCUGACAACAUCGAGUACCUGUCUCCCUGCCACGCAGGCUGCAAAGAGUACAUCAAAGACCCCAAGAACAAAUUCAGGGUUCUGGAGUACACAGACUGUGUCUGUACAGCUGACAGCCGGGGUACUGCCCGCCCCGGACCAUGCCCCAACCAAUGUCCUCACUUCCUGCUUCCUGUCAUGUUCCUCAUCUCUCUGGCCGGGUUGAUCGCCUCCCUAACACACAACCCCAUCUAUAUGAUGGUCCUCAGAACUGUUCCCCAUGAAGACAAAUCCUUUGCCAUAGGAGUCCAGUUUCUGCUCAUGAGAGUGCUUGCCUGGUUACCAGCCCCAGCCCUGUUCGGCAUUGUCAUCGACAGCUCCUGUAUCUGGUGGAAACAGGCCUGUACCAGCCGGCUGGGCUGUGGUUACUAUGACAAUAACAUCCUGAGGAACAGGUACCUGGGUCUACAGGUGGGCUUCAAGGUGAUGGGGAUCUUCCUGCUUGGGGUGGUGGGCUGGAAGGUCCUGAGGACCAGGGAGUACAGCCUGGAGAAGAGGCCUGAUGGACCACUCUGAUCUGGGAUACAACUGACCUCCCUGGCUCCCCACUCUGUUCUCUCUCUCCCAUCUCACUGUAAAGAGUAGUCUCAGGCCCACUACUGUUCCUUUCGACAGUCUGCUGAGGUUUCUGUCUGAAUGUGCUCUCCUUUACCCACCUGAUCCACCUAUCCUGUCUCACAUGAGAGAAGAGACUCAACCUAUCAACUGCCAGUGGGCAAAGUCCACUAUGCCUUUCAACCAUAGAAUGUUUCAACGGUCUGCUUAACGUAUUCUCAAACCCAGCUGAUCCUCCUGUUGGAGUAACCUCAGCACUGAAGGACACUCCAGCUCUGGUAAAGAUACUAUAACCCUCAUGCAGGACAUUAUAGCUCCCAUUCGACUAUCCUACACUCCUACAGUAUCCCCACACGAGGAAGUUGGUUCAAUAUCCCCACUCGAGGAAGUUGGUUCAAUAUCCCCACACGAGGAAGUUGGUUCAAUAUCCCCACACGGGGAAGUUGGUUCAAUAUCCCCACACGAGGAAGUUGGUUCAAUAUCCCCACACGAGGAAGUUGGUUCAAUAUCCCCACACGAGGAAGUUGGUUCAAUAUCCCCACACGGGGAAGUUGGUUCAAUAU